AGAGUGACUUCUAACUUGAACCCUCAGUUGGCUGUGAGAGAUCCACCAUCAGUUGCAGGGCUGUUGACCUGCUGGUGGUAAAAUCUGUCGUAACCCGAGGAAGGCUUGGAGGUCUGGGGCGCUGUGUGACUGUGUACCCUUGAGUCCUUGCCACCAGCAUGGGGAAACAGAACAGCAAGCUUCGCCCCGAGGUCAUGCAGGACUUGCUGGAGAGCACAGACUUUACAGAGCACGAGAUCCAGGAAUGGUACAAAGGCUUCUUGAGAGACUGCCCCAGCGGACAUUUGUCAAUGGAAGAAUUUAAGAAAAUAUACGGGAACUUUUUCCCUUACGGGGAUGCUUCCAAAUUUGCAGAGCAUGUCUUCCGUACCUUUGAUGCAAAUGGAGAUGGGACAAUAGACUUUAGAGAAUUCAUCAUAGCUCUGAGUGUAACGUCGAGGGGGAAGCUGGAGCAGAAGCUGAAAUGGGCCUUCAGCAUGUACGACCUGGAUGGAAAUGGCUACAUCAGCAAGGCAGAGAUGCUGGAGAUUGUGCAGGCGAUCUACAAGAUGGUCUCUUCUGUCAUGAAAAUGCCUGAAGAUGAGUCAACUCCUGAGAAAAGGACAGAAAAGAUCUUCCGCCAGAUGGACACCAACAGAGAUGGAAAACUCUCCCUGGAAGAGUUCAUCCGAGGGGCCAAAAGCGACCCGUCCAUUGUGCGCCUCCUGCAGUGUGACCCGAGCAGCGCCGGCCAGUUCUGAUCCCAGCACCCCACCAUCUGUAGAGCUGCUUGUGUUCCCUUUUGAUUCUUCUUUUUAACAUUUUUAUUUUUAUUUUUUUUGCCAAACAAUAUCGAUGGUGAUGCUGUCCCCUGUGCAGUCAGAGGCACCUUCCUCCGUGACGCCUUCGCCUUCCGCUUCUUUCAUCGUGGACGCUUCGUGGGAAUGCCCAGAGCCCCAGCGUGUGUGGAAAGCAUGAACAGACUUCGUGGUGUUCCUUGUUUAAUGACUUCCUAAUCGUUAUUAUUAUUUUUUUUUCUUCUGAUUCUAAUGUUUUUGUUCUAAAACCUAAGACUCGGGGGGCGGGGGCAAGAGAAGGGAAUCCAAUUUAAUCCAGUGAUUCCCCUGCAAGCUUCCAGGGGCUUUGUUUGAAAGACAAAACUCCCCACCUGGGUCUGUUGUCACACAUGCCCUUGGGGCAAUGGAUGGCACCAGAUGCUGGAUUCCCCAAGAACAAGUUACCCUCUGGGGCGAGGCUACUAAAGGGAGCGGGGACAUCCCCCACGAGGUCCACUCCGCCCUCCGCCCCAGCAGGCUGUAGUUUCUAAGCUGUGAACAUUUCAAGGUAAAUUAAUAGAGAAGAAAAAAGAUGGCUCAGCUAUUUUUUUCACAGGUUUACACUGGUUGAGCUCAUAGGAGUUUUCUUUGGAAAUCAAACACAAAUGGGUAACAAUCCAAAACCAGACCCAUCUUGUUGCCUAUUGUGAUUUAAAAAAAGAAAGAAAGAAAGAAAGAAAGAAAGAAAGAAAGAAAGAAAGAAAGAAAGAAAGAAAGAAAAAGAAAAAAAGACUGCUGUAUAUAAAAUACUGGGAUUGCAAACCAAAUUAAGUGUUUUGCCUUGUAAAUGCAUGUUUAGUGAGCACUAAUACAAUCUGAUUACAGAAGACUGUUUUUAGUAGCUUAUUGUAAGCCAACUAUGAUGAAUGUCCAUGUUGUCUUGUUUCAAAGUCAGAUCUGUCUUUGCACAAAUGUACCAAUCUACAAGUAUAUUUUGUAUAUUCCAUAAAAGUACAAGGUAAUCCUGACAAGGGCCCAACUUUGAUUCAGAAUGCUUUUCCAGAGUCACAGUGACUGGAGAACAGAAGCAGGGUAAGAGGGAGGGGAUCAGGUCAUGGGGGCACCAGGAGGAUAAGACUUCUGAGAGGGGCCCGCUCGUGGUUUGCUGGCUAAGCUCAGCAGCCCAUUGGCAGCAUGGGAAUGGAGGUGCCAUACUUUCCUGAGCAGAUGACUAUUCCGCAGACUGAAGAACAGUGGCCUAAGUUCUUGGGACUUCCCAGUGGUUUAGUCACCUUCCUGGUUAGGAAGGAAUAUCAUAUUAGGAAUGCUCACUUUUUUUUUGCCUGUUCAAAGAGUCUGAGGGGGACAGUCAUUUAAUUCACUGUAAGAAGGCCCAAGCAAGUCCAUCAAUGGUGUCCAAGGUCCUGCUAAUGGUAUUUUCCAUCACUGUUUUAUUUGAAUGCACAUUUCUCUUUCCAGAAGUGACAACACAAACUUGAGUUGCUCUUUGGGUUGGUCACCUCAUGCACACUAAUUUGAAUUGAAGGCUAAGAGGGAAAACCUCCCGUCACUGGAAAGUCACCCUAGCAGCAGUUGGGUGACAUGGGGUGGGGGAGGGGGCUGAACACUCCAGGAUAAAGGGGGGACCUGUCCCAAGUGAAGGCAGAGAGGUCCCCCCAGGGAUCUGUCUGCUGCCAAGUCACUUCCUGUGAAACAGGAACCACAGAAAGACAAAUAUAACUCGGAGGAAAAUGCUACUGAGUACCUCCUAACCUCCAGGUUCCUGUGUAUGAUUUGAAUCUAUUCUAAUUGGUUUCAAAAAUCCAAAUUUGUGUGGUAGACACAAAACUACAUUUGCAGGGUAAAAUGUUGAGACCUGGACUCAGUACUCUUAAUCUCCGAGUGUCCCUUCUUCAUAUUCUAUGCCAAGACUUGCCAAAUUCCUCCAUGGGCCAAGUGGUCAAAUCUGUUUCUGAAAAAUAGGGAAUUAACCUAAUUUGUGGAGUGCAGAGGGGAAAGAGGGUCCAGCCGUAGUGUUUGGGAGUUGCACCCCACUUUUUUCUGAUCUGGAUUGAAGACCUAAUUCCUCCUUUUAGUUCUUUCAAUAAGUAGACUCAGUUAAGGUUGGAGGAAACCGCUGGAUUCUGCCCUAGGUUCUGAUGUGUUGUCAAACUCUGUUCCCUAGAAUGAGAGCUGGGGUGAGGAGCAGAGAAGGUCUCCAGCUGUUCAGGCAAGAAAGAGAGCCAGUGUCCUUGACAGAUGGACACUGCUGGGCCCCAGAAGGUACUGAGGUGGCCCUGGUGUUGCCAAGCCACUGACCGACACUGAAUCUUCUCCAGGCUGUUUUUCUCCUCCUCCUCUUCCCAGGAAGACCUUGGUAGGUCUAAUCCAAUGCACUCAAGUUUGGCCAAGGGACUGCACUGCACCCAGAGGGCUGAAUGCCUGAAGGCUUCUAUUGCUCCUAUACUGGGUUGUUCAUUGUCUUUGCUGUUUUCAGGACUCUGGAAAUGGAGUCUGUUCUGUCCCAAGUAAAACCAGACUGUGGUGUGCAAGGGACUGGAAUAAAAUGAUUUAUGACCUGAAGGAUGCUACGGAAUGUUUGUUCAUAUCUUGCUUAGGGUGGGGAAGGGGUCUGCUGUGUGUGCUGUCCCAUCCCAGCAAUGUGUCCCAAGGAGACUUUCCAUAACGGGAAAUCAAGAAUUGUCAAUCAUUUGGAGCAGCCCCUUAAUCAAUUGACUUUGUGUAACUCCUGCCUGGCAUUAAAGCAUGUUUAUUAUUUAAUAUGAUUGUUUGGAACAUGGAACGUGGAACAUGAGAUUUUCCUGA